AUGGGUAACAGCUUCUCCAGUAUUCCCGCCCUGCCCCGGGGCAGCCCGACUAGGGGGGCCCGGGUACAUCGCCAGCACCUGCAAGCCCGGGAGUUAGUGCCCCCACCUCUGACGCCCUCCCCUAGCUCCACGGCCCUUUGGCUGCACUUGAAGCCCAUUGAGAGCGAGCUCGUCCCCCCAGACUGCCUGCGUCCUCGCUCCUUCACUGCCAUCCGAAGGCCCUCCCUGCGGAGAGACCCUGAGGACACUCGCCUCUCCGUCAGCCUCUGCGACCUCAACGUGCAGGACGAGGGCUUCCAGGCAGCGGCGGCUGUGGCGGCCUCGGCCUGCUCCAUCCCCCAGAACUCCCUCAACUCUCAGCACUGCCACCUGCUGCCCCCUCAGCUGGAGAGCGACCUCCGCUUCCACCAGCUCCGCGGCGCCCACAUCAAGAUCCUGGAUGAGCAGACCGUGGCCCGGCUGGAGCAUGCGCGGGAGGAGCGGACGCUGGUCUUCACCAGCCGCCCAAUGCACGUCGGGGAGACCAUCUUCGUCAAGGUCAACAAAUCCAACACCUCCCGGCCCGGGACCCUGUCCUACGGCGUCACCACCUGUGACCCCGGGACCCUGCGGCCCAGCGACCUCCCCUAUAACCCGGAGGCCCUGGUGGAUAGGAAGGAGUUCUGGGCCGUGUGCCGGGUGCCCGGGCCCCUGCACAGCGGUGACAUCCUGGGCUUUAUGGUGACUGCGGACGGGGAGCUGCACCUGAGCCACAAUGGGGCCGCAGCGGGCAUGCAGCUCUGUGUAGACGUUUCCCAGCCCCUCUGGAUGCUCUUCAGUCUGCACGGGGCCGUCACCCAGAUCCGCGUCCUCGGUUCCACCAUCCUGGCUGAGAGAGGUGUCCCAUCUCUCCCAAGCUCCCCGGCAUCUUCACCCACUUCUCCUACGGGUCUGUGCAGCCGGCUCUCUGACCCACUGCUGAGUGCAUGCAGCUCUGGACCCCCUGGCAGUUCUCUUAGUGGCACAGCCCCCAACUCGCCCAUCAGCCUACCCGAGUCACCUCUGUCACCAGGCCCCGGGCCAGGGCCGUGGAGUGACGAGUGCACCAUCUGCUACGAGAACACAGUGGACACAGUCAUCUACACCUGCGGCCACAUGUGCCUCUGCUACUCCUGCGGCCUCCGCCUGAAGAAGACCGUCCACGCCUGCUGCCCCAUCUGCCGCCGAGUCAUCAAGGACAUCAUUAAGACCUACCGGAGCACCUAAUGGGGCUCCCACUGUCCCCCCGCUCCCACCCGGCCCACGGUGGGACUCUAGCCAUCGGGAGGCCAGCUCCGUCCCCAGCAGAGGGCUAGCAAACAGGGACCCCUUUUUCUCUCUCUUUUGGAAUCUUUUUCCCUCCUCCUCCAUUAAAAAAGCAAAGGAAAGGCUCCCCAGAGGCUUUAGGGCAUGUGGGGGAAAAGGGCAGCCCCUCCACGUGACCUCAGCGGCUACCGCAGACAUCUCCGGAGUCCAGGAGACGACAGACCUGUGCUUCGGACCUUAAUCCACGGGGGGAGGCCCCGUGUCAGGCCCUGUCUGGGGAUCCGUGCAAGGGGAGAGGCGGGGGAAAUCCAGGGUCUGGAGAAGUCAGGAAUGUCUCUCCUCGCUCCCACCCUCACAAGCCAUGCCUGACUAGGACUCCGGGGAGGAGGUGAUUGGGAGCCAGCGAGCACCUCCUCCCCCCGAGUGCACCCGCCCAGUGUGACCCCUUGAAAAAAGCCUCCUCUGAGUUCUUUUUCAGCUUCCCCUUCCUCUGUCCUCUAUGCUCUGUCUUCUUCCUCUCCUGCCAUCUCCUCUUCUCUGUGUCUCUCCCCGUCUCUCUCUCCCCCUCUCAUAGAUUCUCAGUGUUUGCCAGAAGGAUGUGGAGCUCUUUGGCAAGAACCUUCAGCUAGAGGACCUCCUAGAGCAGACAGAGGCCACUGGCUGGUGCACAUGGCUAGAAUGUUGGGUGUGGAGUCAGGAAGACCUGAGUUCAAGUCUUGCCUCAGACUCCCUGGCUGCA